AUGUGUUUCGUAGCACAUGACACCCUUCGCGAACAGGGUAACUUCCUGAGUGUGCUGAUACCACCACGGCCAGAUUUUGAAGUUUUCAAUUUUGCUGGCUUCUCUGAAGAGAGGGAUGAAAUUGUUAUGGAACUUGAUAUCGAGGACUUUGAGAGAAACGUAAUCGGGGGCCACUCUUAUCUUAAAAUGAAACUGAGACAAAAAGCAAACCAAAAGCCAUUUUUACAAGUGGAGCUGCGAGACAGAGGAACAAGACAUGAGCUUCCUGUUAGAUUGAUCAAAACAGCUCAAUGGUCGAUGUUUCGACGGCCAGAUGUUCCUAGAGGAGUGACCUUAAAGGUCAACAAUAAUGGUGAGAUGCAUCUAAGAUGCCGAAUGGAUCAGGCUGAAGUCACUGUCUAUUUUAGCGAUCUGGCCAAUGACACAAUCACCGGUCGGUCUCUAAGGGCAAUCCCAAGAGCGCUGGUGCACUGUACGCCUAUCCCUGAAAGUGGUUCAUAUGUUCUUCUCUAG